UCAAUAUGAUGUAAACAUAUAUGGUACUGUGCCCUGCAUAGAGAGUUGCACAUGAUUGUUUAAAUAUUUUUGAACCUUUAUUUUGAUAAGAACUUAAUUAUUAUACACAGAGAUAACAUGCACAACGAAAUAAAAGAAGCAGACUUUUAUCCUUUGCUCUGUUGCUGACUGUGUUUGUCUCUGUUCUAAACCUCUGUUGUGUGAGUUUAGGCUCAUUUGAAAACAACACACAUCAAUCCUGAAAAUAAGUUCUGUCUAAAUUGAGGGUAAUGCAAGACAUUAAAUACAAAAAUUGAAUUAUAAAACAAAAAUUAAAUUAUGUGGAUGCAUAAAUAUCUGAUUAAAUCUUCAUAAUUGCUCUGUCUCGCCAAUACACCGUGUAUCAGAAAGUAUACCUUAUACGUAUAUACACUACAACUCUGAUAGCUGAAACGGUUUUGACUGAAUAGUCUUUUGUUUCAACAGUUUGUGAUUAGAUAUUUCUAUUUAAAUGCGUGGGAACUUUGGUUGUGAUAGUUGAUGUAGUGGUAGCUUCCUCAUGAGGACAGUGAGACUUCAGUCUGACACGCCCACAUUCCACAGGUUGAGGACGAAGCAUGUUUCAAAUCUGCUGACAAAGGUUUGAGCUCCAGGAUUUCCAGAACAAAAUGAAGUUGCUUGCACUGCUCCUCUUCUGUAACACUGCGUCUUCAGUGAAAUACUCCCUGAAAUAUUUCCUUACUGCCACGUCUGGACUCCCAGACUUCCCAGAGUUUGUGGCUUCUGCUUUGGUUAAUGGAGUUCAGGUGGGUUACUGUGACAGCAACAUCAGGACAGCCGAGCCCACACAGGACUGGAUGAAAAAACUAGUAAAAGACGACCCUCAGCACCUGGACUGGUAUUCUGAGAAGUGUUUCGGAAAUCAGCAGGUCUUCAGAGCCAACAUUGAUAGCUUGAAGCAACGGUUAAACCAGACUAGAGGUCCUUGCAUCUUACAGAGGAUGAAUGGCUGUGAAUGGGAUGAUGAGACUGAAGAAAUUAAAGGUUUUAAUCAGUACGGUUACAAUGGUGAGGACUUCAUAGCAUUGGACCUGCAAACACUAACAUGGAUCGCUCCCAAACCACAGGCUGUCAUUACAAAACUGAAAUGGGAUGCUGAAAAAGCUCGAUUAGAACACAACAAGAACUACUACAUCAACAGGUGCCCCGACUGGCUGAAGAAGUAUGUGAAAUAUGGGAGAAGCUUUCUGCAGAGAUCAGUUCUUCCCUCAGUUUCUCUCCUCCAGAGGAGUCCUUCAUCUGUAGUCAGCUGCCACGCUACAGGUUUCUAUCCUCACAGAGCAAGAAUGUUCUGGAGGAAGGAUGAAGAGGAGUUUCAUGAUGGUGUGGACAAAGGACAGAUCCUCCCCAACCAUGACGGCAGCUUCCAGAUGAGUGUUCAGCUGAAUCUUUCAUCAAUCAAGCCAGAGGACUGGAGCAGGUACGACUGUGUGUAUCAGUUCGCCGGUGCAGAGACAGACAUCAUCACCAAACUGGAAAAAAAAGUGAUCCAAACCAACAGUGUUUCUCUCUCAGAGUUUCCUGUGGGUCCUGUUGUUGGAGCUGCUGUUGGAGUUUCACUCCUCCUGGCAAUCUUUGGAUUCUUUAUCUGGAAAAGAAACAGUCAUGGGUUCCAGCUUACUGACAGUGAGGAAACAACAAAUUGAUCUUGUUUUUUCAUUUUGGGAAACCAGACAGUGACGACAUUUAGCUCAACAGGUGAACAGUGACGGGCUCAGUUUAGAACAGUAAUGUGCACACAUAUGUGUGUGUGUUUACAUUUGUGUUGUAAUGAUGCACUAAGCUUGAAUAGAUCCUCUAAGUUAUCUACAGGUCUUUAUGAAGCAUUGGUAUUGCUGUAUUGCUGUGCAGUCCAUAUUCUUGCAUGUAUUUGUACCUUCUGUUGUUAUGCAUAUAUUUCUCUUGUUUGUAUAUAUUUCUCCUGUAUGUUAUUUUGUAAGACAGGAGAUUAAAGACUGUAUUGUGAGAAACAUUAAGCUAAAUGUAAUCAUAAACAUACAGUGAUAUGUUCACUAAGCACUGAAUAAACUGAAAUUUUGAACUUCAGAAGAGGUUCGUAUGGAAAGGUGACGAUCAAGAUGCCAUUUUUUUAAGAAAUGGAAAGGAGGACAAAAAGCUGAAGUACAACAAAUUCUUUUUUUUUUUUUUUUUUACAUUUUUUCUUUUAUAUUUUUUCUUUUAGGUGUUUUCUUGUUUGUUUUCUUGUUUUCUUAACUGUUUGGAUUUUAUUUAGAGUUGAUCAAUGGUAUUUUAUGUUUUAGUGUUGUGAAAACGUUUUGUUAAGGUUUUACUUGCGCUUCCCUUCAUCUCCUCGUCCUGCAUCCGUACCUAUUAAAGUAAAAUGAAGUAAAAACUGUGCUCAAGAUCAGCUCAAACUGCUGUUAAAGCUGAAACAUUGAUCCUGUU